AUGCGCCCUCGUGGUCUUCGGUUCAACCUCAAAAGCUACGUCGACGCCUCCAUGGCGACCCUCGAACCUCAAACUCCCCGUUCCAGCAAAUUCCAGCAGCCUUGGGACAAUGACGACGUACCCAUCAUCGACUCGAGAGAGAGCUUCUCCGACGUCGUAUUCAAAUUGUCUUCGUACAUUGCAAAGGCCAUCGACGCCGCCUACACCUACGAACAGCUUCGCACCACCAGUGCAGGACAUCCCUUGAAACCUCUGAUUGGGUAUCUAAGCGGAGACUGUCACCAUCCCGCGAUCGUGGCGGCGUUGCUGGCGGCGAGGUAUCUCUUCGACAAUGCCGACGCGGACGCGGAUAGCGGGUUGAACGAGUCCAGAGCCCUCGCCUGUGAGCUUGUGGCGUGGCAGUUUCUUACGUUCUUGUCCGAGAAGGAACUGAUUGAUUACCUUCUCUACGAACUGCCCCAGGAUCCGAACGACAACACAGGGCAAUCCCCCUCAGAUUCUGCUGCUCACGCCAAUGGUGGGAGGAGUAGUCGUCGCCCCGAGGAGGAAGAUCACGCAGACGAAACCUCACCGCUCAUGCACGCCCGGUUCGCCGAACACGGCGCGGUUCUGCGGCCUCCUAAACGUAACUCCUUCGACCACAUGCCUGGUGCUGGCACAUCAAGCACAUUCCCAGGUGACGAGGAUGAUGCAUCGCAACGGGCCAACCUGGAUGAGUCCAUGGCCGGUAUGAACGCCCUGGAAAUCGCUGCCAUUGCCGACGCGAAGAAGUUCCUCUCGCAGAACUCCGUGCAGAAGAUCGUCGAGGACAUUUGGAAUGGCGACGUUAUCUUUUGGGAGAAUCUUUCGGUGCACGCCGUCAAGAAACCCCGAGUGUACAACAAGCGUGUGGCCGAUCCUUUUACCCGUUUGAGGGUGCCCAAGUACCAAAAGGCGUUUCAAGUCAGCUUCUUCCUCUCAUUUCUGGCGCUGUAUUAUGCUGUUCUGGUGGAGAGGGAUCCAAGCCACAUUACGGCAACAGAAACAGUCUUGUAUAUCUGGAUCGCCGCUUUUGCCUAUGAUGAGUUCGGCGAGAUCAAAGAUGCGGGACUCAUGUUUUAUCAGACGGACUUUUGGAGUUUGUGGGAUAUUGCCAUUAUCGGCGUCAGUGCGGCUUUUGUUAUUACACGGAUUAUUGGUCUCAUCAAAGACAGUGACUAUAUCAUUGAUGUUGCAUUCGACAUCUUGUCCAUGGUGGCAUUGUUUCUUGUGCCUAGGAUAUUCUCGGUUAUGAGCCUGAACCCAUACUUUGGAAGCCUGAUUCCAGUGCUGAAAGAGAUGACAAAAGCUUUUUGCAAAUUUUUGCCCGUGAUUGUCGUGCUGUACCUUGGAUUUUUGACUACUUUCACCAUGCUGGCUAGGGACCGGAUGAGCCUCAACGAAAUGUCAUGGCUCUUGAUCAAGGUGUUUUUUGGAUCAAGCUACCUCGGAUUUGACAUGGCUGUUAAGAUCUCGCCAUUGUUUGGAUAUACUCUGAUGCUGAUUUUCGUCUGUUUGACCAACAUUCUUCUCAUCACGUCGCUGGUGUCGCUGGUAUCCAAUUCACUGACAGAGGUCAUGGCCCAUGCGAGAGAGGAGUAUCUCUUUCAAUAUUCGAUCUAUGUCCUUGAGUCCAGCACUUCCCGUCGGCUAACUUAUUUCAUGCCUCCACUCAACCUCUUCCCACUGAUCGUGCUGCGGCCACUUCGCCUUGUCCUACCCUCGGAGGAAGUUCGUCGAAUUCGGAUCUUUGUCCUCAAAGCCACCCAUGUUCCCUUUGUGGCGCUGAUCUGGGCAUACGAGAACUCUCGGACUAUGAUCUCUCGCUCCCAUCCCACCCUGUCUCGAGCUCCCCACUUUACUAGCCGUCCACUAAGUGCAGGCCGGCUGAGUCUCGAGGGGGCCCGGGAUUUUGUCAAGUCACCAACUGCGCGACGAGCGCUUAAUGAGACAUCCCCAACGGUCACACCUGAUAUGGCUGCGUCCGCCACGAAGUCUGCCUUGGGCACAGCUGACAGCACAGAAUUAAUCGCUCUGGUCCAGAGACUGAGUGAGCAAGUUGACGGGCUGGCCGCAAUGGUCGCAGGUCAGAAGAAGGACUGA